CCUAGGACGGCCUCGGGCCCGGCGGGGCGGGGCGGGGCGGGGCUGGCCCGUGGGACAGCGCCUGGCUGAGCCGCAGCGCCGCGCAUCGCCCCGCGCCCCGACGGACCGGCCGGGCCAGGCGGAGAGAUCUGAAAAAAAAAAACCCCAAACCCCCAAAUCAGUGAGGCAUUUAAAAAAAAAAUCAUAUUGUGCGCGUCAGAAUAAACCUUCGGAUUGUGAGGAGUUAUUACAAGUCAUCAAAUGGGUUUGCUGUAAGUGGACAUGUUUUUGUUUCAAAGCUAUCCGCUAAUCUUCAUAGAGAACACCCCGGGAUAAGGAAGGCUGUGUAAGGGAAACAUUAGAGUGGUGUGCAGCAGAUAUUUCGCAUACAUGUAUUUUACAUACACUUAUUAUUUCUUAUCUUGUCUACUAACCCUUUGGCACCAGGAAUUUGGGUUUACGGAUGAUACACACCUCUUCAGCAUUUGUAAGACUUCACAUAGACAUACUAUGAAUGAUUUCCUAAGACGUAUUUUUUUCCCAAGUCUCUCUGAAGUCUAUAUAAUACAAGACUGAGGUUAUGAAGUCAAUCCUAGAUGGCCUCGCAGACACGACUUUCCGCACAAUUACAACAGAUCUGCUUUACGUGGGUUCCAACGAUAUCCAGUACGAAGAUAUUAAAGGUGACAUGGCCUCCAAGCCAGGAUACUAUCCACAGAAAUUCCCAUUAUCUUCCUUCAGGGGUGAUCCUUUCCAAGAAAAAAUGACGGCAGGAGAUGAUCCCCUAUUAAGUAUCAUUCCAUCGGAUCAGAUCAAUAUUACAGAAUUUUACAACAAGUCCCUAUCCUUCAAGGAUAAUGAUGAGAAUAUACAGUGUGGAGAGAACUUCAUGGAUAUGGAGUGUUUUAUGAUUUUAAACCCUAGUCAGCAGCUGGCCAUUGCAGUGCUGUCCCUUACUUUGGGCACCUUCACCGUUUUGGAGAAUCUUCUAGUGCUUUGUGUUAUCCUGCACUCCCGAAGCCUCAGGUGCAGGCCCUCCUACCACUUCAUUGGGAGCUUGGCAGUAGCUGACCUCCUGGGCAGUGUAAUUUUUGUCUACAGUUUUGUCGAUUUCCAUGUUUUCCAUCGGAAAGACAGUCCUAAUGUUUUUCUGUUCAAGUUGGGUGGAGUUACAGCCUCAUUCACUGCCUCAGUAGGCAGCCUUUUCCUUACUGCAAUAGACCGGUACAUAUCUAUACACAGGCCAUUAGCUUACAAAAGGAUUGUUACCAGACCAAAGGCUGUUGUAGCAUUCUGUGUGAUGUGGACCAUAGCUAUCAUAAUAGCUGUCCUUCCUCUGCUUGGCUGGAACUGCAAGAAGCUCAAUUCUGUUUGUUCAGACAUAUUCCCUCUCAUUGAUGAGACCUAUCUGAUGUUCUGGAUUGGAGUCACCAGUGUGCUCUUGCUGUUCAUCGUCUAUGCCUAUAUGUAUAUAUUGUGGAAGGCUCACAGCCAUGCUGUCAGAAUGAUUCAGCGUGGCACUCAAAAAAGCAUAAUAAUUCAGACUACAGAGGAUGGUAAGGUACACAUCACUAGACCUGAUCAAACUCGUAUGGACAUCAGGUUAGCCAAAACCUUGGUCCUUAUUUUGGUGGUUUUAAUCAUAUGCUGGGGCCCUUUACUUGCAAUUAUGGUGUAUGAUGUCUUUGGGAAAAUGAACAAGCUCAUUAAGACUGUUUUCGCAUUCUGUAGCAUGCUCUGUUUGAUGAAUUCAACAGUGAAUCCCAUUAUCUAUGCUCUAAGGAGCAAGGACUUGAGGCAUGCUUUCCGGAGUAUGUUUCCAACUUGUGAAGGGACUGCACAGCCUCUUGAUAACAGUAUGGAGUCUGACUGCCAACACAAGCAUGCCAACAAUGCAGGUAAUGUUCACAGAGCUGCUGAAAGCUGUAUUAAGAGCACAGUUAAGAUCGCCAAAGUGACCAUGUCUGUCUCCACGGACACAACUGCAGAGGCAUUGUAAGUCAAAUACCUCUCAACAUUCUGAGAAAAGAAAUUAGUUCAAAAAAAGACUCAAAGUGUUUGUUCCCUCAUCUGUAACAUUUUUAAGUUUACUGAUCAUUUUAAGAAUCAUUGCCAUCAGCCAACUCUCCAAGUUUUACAAUUAGGGAUUCAAACAAAACAAUUUUCACUUAAAAAUGUUGAUUGAAUAAUAAAGAGCAAAUUGCUGAAAGAAUGUAUAGAAAAUAUGGAAUUGGCAAAAUCUUAAGAAGUUUGUGCUAAAAAAUGGCGAAACCUAAUUGAAAACUAAGACAUCAUAAAACAACUUCAUCAAAUAAGAAAAAGCCUUGUAAUCAUAAUUCUCAUUGCAAUGUGAAAUGUAUUAAAUGUCUGUAAGUAAUAGAAGUUUUGAGGUGUUUUUUUUCCCCAAAAAAGCGGCAGUACUGAGUUUUAGCAGUUUUGUAAAACGUGUUGUCCUGUGAAAUGUAUGCUGUUUUUAUUAUGUGUUAUUGAUAUUUGUCUAAUUAAAAAAGUGAUAAGGUAGACUUAUGUGGAAAUGUGAAUUAUGUGUUAUGUAAACCCCAUUGAAAACAUUUAACUGUAUUUGAAAAAUUCCUAUGAGUUAUUUUGGGAAUUUACACUUUUAGUGGUCUUCUGUGGACUUAGAGGAAAGGCUUUGUGUUUCUUCUACUAAAAUUAUUUGACAUUAGAAAUCCCCAUUAAUUUUGUUGAGGGUGUAAAGAAUAACAGCAACAAGAGAAUAUAGAAGUAUGUAAGUGCAAGGAAUGCAUUGGUUCAGACUUUUAAAUACCACUGCGUAUAAACAUAAAGACAUUUAUUGUUAUACAGACUAUUUCCUUUCUCUUGGGCACAUGUGAAUAUGAACACUGAGAAGAGAAGGUACUGGAUAUUGGCUUCUUUAGCUGGCAACUGUUUUUGGUCUCAUGCUAUCACUGGACUUCUCAAGACAGCAUGUGUCAGACUCAUUGUGUAAUGUUAUCACUGCGCAGUUGAUGUAUAUUUGACGUGUGUUUGCAUUCCUAUAUCCAGAUUAAACAGAUUCAAAGCCUGAGAUGCCAAACUCCAGUCAUUACUAAAAAAAGGAGGAAGUAUUGCCAGGAUUAGACUUUUUUAUUAUGUGUGAGCGGGUAUAGUAUUAAAUAUCUGUGUGUACAUGUAUGUGUGUGUGCACGUGCACAAAAAUGUGUGCAUGUGUAUGUAUUCUAAAUAAGUGUGAGUCAUUUUACUAGGCUAGGAAACUAUGACCAAACGUAAGCUGUAUUUCUUGUUGCGUGCUUUGCACAUGAAUUCUGUUUCUAAAACUGAGCUCUUCCACCUGACUAGUUAUGAAAUUAACUGGUUUUAAAAUUCAGAACAUGCUAGCAAAUCCAUAUUGGGAGACUUAUUCAUGUAUUAGAGGAAACAGCAUUUUGGUUUUGCUUUAGCACAAGGUUUAGCAGGAGGCAAAACAAGCCAUGAACAAAAAUAGACAACUGAAAAUCAGUGUUUUACAGUACUUUAAACACAUUGUGAAUGCUGAAGAUAAAAAAAAAAAAAAAUUAUUCUUAAAGUCCUUGAGUAUUACUUGAGUCCUUGGUUCCAAAGAGGAUGGAGCUAGACUGUUCUCUGUGGUGGCAGAUAACAGAACAAGGAGUGAUAGUCUCAAGUUACAGCAAGGGAAGUUUAGGUUGGAUAUCAGGAAAAACUUUCUCAUUAGGAGGGUAGUAAAACACUGGAACAAGUUACCCAGAGAGGUUGUGGAACCUCAAUCCAUGGAAGUUUUUAAGACCCAGUUAGACAAAGCCUUAGCUGGGAUGGUCUAGUCAUGAUGGUUCUGCUUUGAGCAGGGGGUUGGACUAGAUGACUUUCUGAGGUCCCUUCUAACCUUAAUUUUCUGUGAUUCUAAAAUUAACUAAUGGAAAUGUAGUUGCAUCUCACUGUUAAACAGGGUACAAAAGACAAUGGAAGCCUGAAACCUUUAAAUAUAAGGCAAAGAAAGAAAAAUUGUAGAUUCAAAGAUGCAGUUCCAUUUUAGGAUGGAAUUUCUCUAAAACUGGGGAUUUUAGUAUUUCAUGAAACAAUCGCACUGGUGUGGAAAUGCUCAUUCUGAAUAAAAUGCAUUGAGUCUGAUUCCCUACUGGCAAGUACCAUUGGCUUUGUCUUGUUUCCUGUUUUGACUAGUUUAAGCCAGUUAUCAGCUCAAGGGUUCACCAAGGCAGGAUAGGAGGAUCUCUCUUGUCCUAGUAUUUGUGUAAUAAAGGCCAUGCUGCCAUCCAGCCCUCCAUGCUCUAGGGCAGGGGUGUCAAACUCACCCUGCCCAAAAACCAGAUCCUUGUGGGCUAGAGCCGGACCUAGCAGCAGCAGGCAAGCAGCACUGUGUCAGCACAGCCAUCACUUGCCCUCUGCCACCAAAGGUGCCAUAACCCCAAAUUCCUGGGUCCCCCAGGAACCCACUUGGCUGAAGGAAAAUGGCUCCAUAGGCCAUAUGUCUCAUACCCAGCUCUUGGUCAUGUUGCUUAUGGAAGGGGAGCCCAGCUGGAUCUAUGGUGAUCCCAAGCUUCUGGAGUGACCCUUUUAGAGCUCUGGUAUUUGGGUGCAGGUCAGAGCAGCCAAUAGCCCUCAAAGACCUAGUGGCAACUUCAGCCUUCCCCAGGGUUGUGGGGGGAGCUUACAUUACAUAGAGGCCCCUUGGGCCCUUUGCCUGUCUAGGGCCCUGCACGGAUCAGAGCGUCAAAGGUCUAACUCCAUGCCUAGUCAUUUGCAUUUGUGUGAAAUCCAAAUCAGAACAGUUGCAUUUUUCUCCUGCCAUGCACAGGUAUAAAUAGCUAUGUAAGGUACCAGACAGGAGAGAUUCUAGCCCAUCACUUUAAGACUUGUGACUCAUCCUAAGAGUCAAAUCAUGCAAGGUGCAGAGUUACUACCACUCCCAUUUAACUUGGUGGGCAUGUCAGGACACUUUACCCCCUGAGAGGUGGAAGGUGAGAAGCACUCUGUACUCUGUAAAAGAACAACGAUUAGCUUGAUCGCUAGUGAACCCUAAUUAUAGAAGCUUUUUUUUCCCUUUCCAAAUAUAACCUGCUCAUCCCAAAGCAGUUUGUUAGGGAAAACAUAAUUGUCAAAUUAAAAGGUACUUUAAGAGCCAUUUUUUUUAAACUGUCGUUUUGUGAAUUUAAUGCAGAUUUUAUAGAUUUCUGUUGUGCAUUCAAGUUCUAAACUUUACAUGACAAAACAUGGGGCAAUGGGGCUGUCUUGGCACUAAACUUGGUGCUUACUGAUAUAAUAAGAAAUAGCAUUCUGUGAUGUUUUAAUGUGUCAUUGAAUACCUUCAUUUACAUAGGAGUUUUCUAAAAAGCUCUGUGAAGUGUUUGUCAACUUAAAAAUGCAUUCAUUAAAUGAGGUGGCAAAUAUGUCCCUACAACCUAUACAUGAGCUAUAACUAUUAUUUAAUUAGAUUAUCAAUUACUGCUCCUAGAUUAGCUGUACUUACAUUUCUGCUUUAGGUAAUCCUAAUUUGCAACUGCCCACUUUCUUCUGGUGAUAGCACAGCCAACCUACAUAGCAUUUCACAGCCACCCACAACCUCACAAAAUGAAUAACUCUAGUUACAGUUCUGUGUAUUUAUCAACUCUUAAGUGUUAUAUAUCUAUAAAUGAGACCAUCCGUAUCACGUGCAAAGUUAGGUUCUCAACAGUUUAGUUGUAUAUUUGUAUAUUAUCUCCUCAGUGCUGUGCAAUCACUAUCAAAGUUUUCUUGCACUGGCCUUCUGAUGAAAAUGUCUGCCAUAAGAUAGAACAUUUUUUCUAAUGUUUUUUGGGCUGAAUGUAUGUAAAUAAGUGAAAAAUAAUAAUAAUAAUAAUGAAAAGACAGCUGUACAAGCAGUGGCCUCAAAAGUCUGUAAUUUUAGAAUAGGACAAAUGUUGAAGUUGCUGUGACAUCUGAAAAGCUACCUUAUAAAUAAACUGUUUACAGGGUCUCUUGGGAUGCAAUGUCAUAAAGAAAGGGAAGUCUUUCCUUUUGAUAAUAUGAAGUAAAGAAAUUGGAUUACCUGAGCUUUUUAUUUCCAAUGUUUCAAAGUGGAGAACAUAAUUCUUUAGUCUGUAAAUCUAACAUUAUUACUUCCUCUUAGAAGAAUAUUGUAUCAUUAGAUGUUUGUUUGAGCUGGUAACAUCCUUGCAGCUGCUGCAAUAUAUUCCUGUUAGCAACUUGUAUAAUACUUUGUACACAAGUACUGGUAAGACUGUCAUUAAAACUAGCUUUGACCAUUUAACUACCAGUAGCAGAAUAGUAUUUCUGUAAUAUUUCCAAUGUAUUACUACCAUAUCAUAUUUUAUUUCUAUAAUGUAAUUAAACUGUUAUUUAUUCAAGGAAAAA